AUGGAGACAGCCGAGAGCAGAUGGGAUGGCAUGGAAUAUUGUCAUCCAAAUGCUUUUAUCACCUGCACUCAUCUUGAGGUAAUUGGAUAAAGACGAAUGCGUUGGCGUUUCACGGAGCGAGGGAGAGAGGAAGAGCGAGAGAUGGAUGGGUGGUGGCUUUGCUUGGGAUCCAAUUCAAUGAUAGAGUAAAGCCUUCGGAUCUUCGCUUUCCGAGAGGUGAGAUUUUGGUGGGUUGGAAGGUGGUGUUUCACUGCUGGAUGCCGGAAGACGUGCGAAGGUGAAGAGAAGAGAAGACAAGAGACCGUCUCGACCAAACAAGACGCCAACUUCGGCUUAUUCUACACCCGGUUCCUGUCAUCUUCAUCGCUCGCUAAGAGCGUGGCGGUGUCGUCGGAAGAAAGGAAGACAACAAUGGCUGUCGCUGCGGAGGAGGCACAGUUUCAUGUACUUGCUGUGGAUGACAGCCUCAUUGACAGGAAGCUCAUCGAGAGGCUCCUCAAGACCUCAUCAUCCUGCCAAGGUAACGACGACACUCCUUGAUAGAGUGGAGCGAAGGGGGUGGGAUCUAAAGGCAUGUGUUGGUGCUUCAGUUACGACGGUGGAUUCCGGGAGCAAGGCUCUGCAAAUGUUGGGUCUGAGAGAGGAUGAGGAAAGCACAUCACCUGUACCAGCAGAUAAGAACAUUGAGGUGAACUUGGUCAUGACAGAUUAUUGUAUGCCUGGGAUGACAGGGUAUGAUCUGCUCAAGAAGAUUAAGGGAUCAUCAUCCUUGAAGAACAUUCCAGUUGUGAUCAUGUCCUCUGAGAAUGUGCCAUCCUGGACCACCAGAUGCUUGGAGGGAGGAGCAGAGGAGUUCUUCCUCAAACCAAUAAAACUCUCAGACAUGACGAGGCUCAUACCUUAUCUGCCAAAGGGGAAGUUGCAAGACCAACAGCGAGAAAGCAGCAACGACAACAAUUACAGCAACAAAAGCAAGGAUUUUUGCCUGAGAAGACAAGGCCGAGACUCUCCGGUAAUAGCUUGACGGAGUGGCAAAAGAGAGUGUGUGUCUAUAUAUAUAUAUAUAUAUAUAUAUUCUAAUUUGAAUCAAUUGUCAUGAUUUAAAAAAAUAAAUUAAUUUAUGUUGUAAUAGUUUAUGAUGGUGUUCAAUAUGGAUAUAUUAGAAGUUUUGAA